UGCAUAUAAUACAACUAUGGCCAAACUGGUCAGCUGUUUCUUCACUCUCAUCCUCCUCAUCUUCAUGCUAAGUUUUACUGUUGCUGAACUCGGGCGUAGUGAUCAAGUACUGCAAAACCAACAAAGAGUAAACAUGGACACAAGUGACGCUGAAAUAAGUGAUGAAAUCAAUUGUGAGAUGCUAGAUAAAGAUGAGUGCUUGUCCAGGAGGUCUCUGGCUGCUCACCUUGAUUAUAUCUACACACAGGAGCAGCCAAUAGGGUCUCCAUGAUGACCAGAAAGUACCAUUACUCAAAUUCAUAUGUUGUUCUGUGCUAUUAAUAGAAAACUUGUGUGUAACCACUUUCCCUUUACCACUAUUCUUGCAAGUAAAUAAACUUGUGGCUCAUGCUAACAUGAGAUGGUUUGCACACACUCAAUUGCUCUGAGCCUCAUGUAUUUAGGGAUAGACAGUGCGCACUAAGAAAGGUAUGACAGAAUAAGCUAGCAACUCAAAUACGACUAAGGUUUAUUUUCCAUGGAACA